AUGGACUCUGUUUCGGCCUCGGACUCUCUUACGUAUGCGUUCCGUGGUUUCAAACGCGGCCGCCUGCAGGGCCUGCACUCGCCACACUGGCUUAGGCCGUGGCCCCGCGCCGAUACGGCGUCAACCGAAUGCGGGAUAGCCGCCGUCCUGUUCCGGUUACUGAACGUACAUAGCACUACGCGUGUAGCUAACGGGCUCUGGCUCGACAUCAUCAUCAUCAUCAUCACGCGCGUCCAGGCAGGCGUGCUCCGCGCGCACCGCACCGCGCUCACCUACCUCGAGUUCCGCGACCACACGGAGAUGGGCCUCCGCGACGCCGAGGACGAGGACGGCGCGUCCGGCUCCGUCUCCCCCGCCUCCGCCCCCCACCUCGCCCUUCUCCACCUCUGCCCCCGCCUCCGCCACCUCGUCUUUGAGGGCCGCAAGAACGACGUCGAGUCGGACGCGGACCGCCUCCCGCCCCACCCGACCCCCGCCUUCGUCGAUGUCUGGGUCUCCACCUGUAAAAUGACAAUAUCACGAUCGCACCGGUGCCAGACUCGUCCAAACCUUCGAUUGAGGUAA